UCGAACUCCUCUCUCCUAUCUCCAUAUUCUCAUCACAACAUUAAUUCGGGACACUCGUUGACUUCGUUAUUCCAUCGCGCGCUGUCUGCCAUAGGACUGUGGCGAGGUGCCGUUGGCAGAGUUUAUUAGUCUACUCGAAUCUGGAGGCACAUCCACUGGUCUCGUGGACACGAUCUCUGCUCCUCCAAACUUGUCGUAGAUCGCGAUAUUAGACGUGGUUGAUGACAAGCACCCACAUCCUGCGUGUCUCGUGUACAUUGUAGUGUCUAGCGACUCGUCAUUGUUGUCGCCAUGGCUGAAGAACCGCGGCGCUCAGGUCGCGCGACAAAAGGACAGUACUCCAAAGAUCGCGAUAUCGCCGAAGACGUCCCUACGAAGAAAAAAGGCAAGGGGAAGGCCUCCAAAGCCAAGGCGGCAGAACAGGAGGAGAGUGAAGAUAUCGUCCGCUGUGUCUGCGGCACCUACGAAGAAGAGGAAGAUGUCCCUCGGGCUAUGAUCUGCUGCGACAACUGUUCAGCUUGGCAGCAUAAUGGCUGCAUGGGCCUUCCCGAAGACUAUCAAGUUCCACAAUACUUUUGCGAACAAUGUCGCCCCGAGGAUCACAAGGAACUACUCGCAGCAAUCGCGCGAGGAGAGAAACCGUGGGAAGAAGCAGCCAGGCUGCCAGACACUGGGAAAGGAAAGAAGAAAGGAGGCCGAAAGGGUCGGAAAUCCGCUGGUGGCCGCACAAGCGAGGUCGUCUCUCGCACUUCUCAGGAUGUCGACGAGACUCCGGCUCAGACUCCUGUAGCAGGACAGAAGCGCAAACUGGAAGAGUCGCCAUCUGUUCCAGAAGUCAAGAACAAGAAGGCACGAGGGACACCCGCUGCUGAUACCAACGGUACCAAAGCAGUCAAGGCAGAGACCCCUUCCAGGCAGGUGUCCAGAUCAGAACCUGUCUCGGCGGUUGCGGUGGACGUGAAGGAGCUUACAAAUACUUCGAGGAAGCAGGCUGCGUCUACGUUGAUCAGGCUCAUAGAACAGCAAAUCAAAGAAGCCGUAAAGCAAGGCGACUACAGUAUUCCUACCGGCACAUCCGCGACAGAAGUCGCCAACCAGAUUGGCCUCCGUACGGAACAUGCUCUGUAUCACGUCCAGGUCGGCGGGAGCGGUGACCCUAACGAAGCCUACAAGAGCCAAUUGCGAGCGAUUACCUUUAACGUUAAGAAGAACCGCGCGUUAGGUGUACGGCUGCUGAAUGGAGAUCUUCUUCCUCAUACCCUUGCGUCGAUGGAUCCGAAGGAUAUGGCAAGCGAUGAGCAAAAGAAGAAAGAUGCAGCUGUCAUGAAAGAGAUGGAGAAGCAACAUACCAUCGUGGAAGAGCCGGGCCCGAGAAUCAGGCGAACACACAAGGGUGAGGAGUACGUCGACGAGUCAAGACAGGUUGCAGCAGAGUCUGCGACUUCGAAUGCUCCUGUACGGAAACCUAGUGUCGCAGAACAAGAUGGAGAUGCAAAGAGCCCCGAUGUGAGGAGCCCGUCCGUCACCCCAGCCGCUCCUGGCAAAGGAAGCAAAUCAAGACCCUCUGUUGAUACCACCCGACGACAAUCCUCGGCUAACUUCGACAUUGACAAAGUCUGGUCAAACGUCCAAGGUUCCCCCGACGGUGACAGUCAACGGUUCGGUGAACUACCUCAGACGACGUCGCCAACCGUCGCUGUGCGAGAACCUAUUGCUCCAGGGACCAAGGCAGAUGCGGACAUCGACGAGCUCCUCAAAGACGAAGAGGCCGAGUCACCACCCUAUUCGCCCAAAGAAUCUGCUGAGGCUGACGGUGUCAUUUGGCGAGGCAUCGUCAACGGCGGUAACUUAGGCCGAUUUCAUGCUGUAGCGAGAUAUGCAGCUGGAGCCACUCCCGAUGCCGAUACGUUGCGCAUGACCUAUGAUCAGAUCAUCCCGGCUGAGAUUGAUAUAGGAGGUCGAAUCCAGCCCACUCGAGCCGACGAAUACCUAUGUGGCCUUGAGUACAGCAACACGUCCGAUCUGGUUAUUGUGUGCAUGCCAGAACCCACAAGCUCGCAUGAUCAGGAGCAAUUUGACAAGUUCUUCCGAUAUUUCAAGAACAAGGAUCGCUUUGGGGUAGGGAUCCAACACACGAAUCCGGCCAUCAAAGACAUUUACUUGAUCCCGCUGGACAAGGGCCAGGAAUUGCCUACCUUCGUCAAGAAACUCGAAACAGAUUUCCCGGAUCCUGCUCAGGAGAGAAUGCUUCUAGUCCCGAUUGUCAUCAAAAACAGUGAGCUGUCACACAAUGCGCCUGCGGCCCUGCUUGAUGGGACAUCUGCUACGGCUGCCAGUCCAAUGGUUGGAGGAGGACACAUAGCUCAGACUCCCAUCACGCCCCACGAGGGUAGCUUCCCUUACAAUCAAUCCCCAAUGCCAAGUCAACAUGGAGCGAAUGGAACACCUCAGGUUCAACAUGGUCUGGGCGUGACAGCAGCCUUUCCCACACCAACCCCUCCCUCCUCAUUACCACAACCUCAUCAACAGCCCUCCCAACAACCACUACAGCCCUCACCUCCCCCCAAUCCCGCCAUGGCCAUCGCUCAGAAAGUUCUUGGCCCCCAGUUAGCCUCUUCCCCUUCGGUCGUGCAGUUAUGCACCCAGGUACCCACUGCUGGAGAAACCGAGUUUCUUGUGAUCAAGGGGUGUCUCGAGCAGAAUCCCGAGGCACAGACCAACUUGGGAGUCCUGACGGGCAUGUUGGUUAACGAGUCACGCGGAGGUGACGGCGGCGGUACGGCUGCUGCAUAAGGGUAGGAGCAUGAGAUGGCCAGCGAGCAAAAGGAGAAGGCGUCAGAAGGUCUAUGCGAGAGGAGCUGAGAGUUUGGAUAGGGUGUAGGAGACUAGAAGAGGGGAGUCUGACCCAUCCGGCCUGGGGAUAGCAGAGAGUGGAAAGGAUUGAUACCCCUGAUAAGUUGUGCAGUGGAAAGGAGCGCUGCAAUUGUUCAAGCACCAGGAAUCCGACUGAUGAAAUGCCAUCACAAGCACAAUUAAUCGCGCGCGCUGUAGUCUCCUGUGUCCACAUAAAAAGCGCUCGAGGCUCCGCGCAGGAUACCACUUGCGUCGCAUCUGGCGUCCAAUACUAGAGCUGAAGGGCACAUGGAUUAUGAUUCGAUGGCGAGGGUCACGCAAGGGGUUAUGUAUGAAUUAGUCCACGCAGGCGCAGGAGGCAAGAUGGGUGUUCACAAUGCUAAAUCACAAUGCUCC